AUGGCCGUGAUGAGCCCACAGCCUUCCAUCAGUGCCCCAGAGAACAAAGUUUCAUCUGCUGCCCCGACUCCUGCUUCGGCGGGCGCCGUGUGCACGGCAUCGGACGAGGCGUCGGCAAUGGACUUGGAUCAUUUCGGUUCGAAGUCAAAUGAUACUUCAUCUGUCCGUCCGCCUUCAUCUCCACGAGAAGCCGACCAAGUCGCCCCCGCCGUGAAUGGAAACAAAGGAGUCGCUGCGCCUCCAUCACCGCCGAUACCAACUCCUCCCAUCCAGCAUGCUUCCAGCGAUAACGGACAGGAGCUCUCGGACCUCCACAUCACUUCGCCGGACGGCUCGGUCAUGCGUACGGGCACUUUCGAUAGGGUUUCUGAGGAUCUGCCGAUGAAGGAGAGUGUUCAAGACAAGAAGAAUGGUGGUGAUCAGGCUUCGACUGAAACUAAAUCGGAUCCGGAGCCAGAGGAGACGAAGACCGAGGCCACUUCUCCCCCGAGCGCUCCCGCCGCUGAGGAAGACGAUCAUGCGAUGCAGGAUGCCCCGCCGAAGAAGUCUGGCCGCGAGCGUGAGGAGGAUGAGGGCGACGGUGAAGACCGUCCCACUAAGCGCGCGAAGACGGAAGAUGCUACCGAGUCUAAGCCUGCGACCGCCUCCGCGUCGACUUCCAACCAGUACACCGGUCCGUUGACGCCCGCGAGAGCGAAGUUCGUAUUGGCUGUGAUCAGGAGCUUACGCCGCUCGAAGGAUGGCAGACCCUUCUCGAUGCCCGUCGACGCAGUAAAGUUGAACGUUCCUACGUACUACCAGCUCAUCACCAAGCCAAUGGAUCUUCAGACCAUGGAACGAAAGUUGAACAGUAACGACUACACCGACCUAGAUUCUUUCAUGAAUGACUUCAAACAGAUUCUUUCGAACUGCUUGACGUUCAAUGGGGCCGAUAAUAACAUUACGGCCAUGUCCAGAUCGAUGGAGGCGUCGUUUUACCGCCAGAUGAAAGACAUCCCCUCCGAGGCCGUUGUCGAUGUUGAGAAGCCAAAGCCCAAGAAGAAGGGCCACGUUCUCAGCGGUGCAGCUGCUGCGAGUCACCAGAAUAAGGCGAGUGGUGCGUCGAAAACUACCACCAAGCAGUCCCACAAGAAGGAGCCCAAGCCAUCGGCCCAGUCUCCCCCCGCUGCUUCUCCGGUAUUCUCACUGCAGCCUUCGGGUAUGCCUCAGAUUCGACGCGAUUCGACGGCGGGAGACGGACGACCCAAGCGCGAGAUUCACCCCCCUGCGCCCAAGGAUCUGCCGUAUUCGACGAAGCCACGCAGGAAGCAGAAUGCCGCCGAGCUGAAGUUCUGCGACACUGUCCUCAAAGAGCUUAAUAAGAAGGCUCAUGAAGGUUACGCCUUUCCUUUUUACAACCCUGUUGAUCCGGUUGCGUUGAACAUCCCUGAGUAUUUCAAGGUUAUCAAGCGCCCGAUGGAUCUGCACACCAUGGCUGAGAAGCUCAAGAUGAAUGGCUAUGAGAACGCGAACGAGUUUGAGCAGGACAUGCGUCUGAUGUUCAACAACUGUUACAAGUUCAACCCGGAGGGUCAGGCGGUCCACCAGAUGGGUAGGCAGUUGGAGCAUGUCUUCGAUCUUAAGUGGAAGGAGAAGCCGCUCUACGUCAACCCGGGUAGUCGCUCUCCGCAGUCUGCUAGCCCCCCUCCUCCUGAAGACGAAGAGAUGAGCGAGGAGGAGGAAGAUACUCAGCAGCCCAACAUUGCUGAGCUUGAAAAGCAGCUUGAAAAGAUGAAGGAAGAGAUCUCUUCUCUCAAGAAGAAGAAGAAGACUCCGCCUGCACAGCAGUCCAAGAGCCACAAGAGUAAAGCCCAGCAGGCUGCUGCUGGUGGCCGUAAGCAGUCGGGUGGCCACAGCAACAAUCCUCCAGGGGCCCCUCACAAGAAGUCAGCCGCUGCUCCCAAGUCCAAGAAGGAUGUUCCGUACAUCUCGUUGGAACAGAAGACUGAACUCUCCGAGAGGAUCAACCUUUUGCCUCCUAAGAAGAUGCAUUACGCUCUGGUCAUGAUCAAGGAGAUGAUGCCCGAGCUCGGUAAUGUUGCCGAAAUCGAGUUGGACAUUGAUGAGCUUGAUCCCCACACCUUGCACAAGCUUUACAAAUAUGUGUCGAAGAAUGCGCCGGAGAUCGCCAAGACCUAUGUCCCGCCCCCACCUCCUCCCCCAGAGCAGACGUACGAGCCCAAGCCAAAGUCCAAGCCUGGUGCGAAGGGAAGGAAGAACAAGCCGAUGUCUGCCGCCGAACAGGAGGCCAAAAUCAAGGACAUUGAGUCUCGUCUCCAUAGCUUCGAGAACCCUGAGUCUAACGUCAUCCCAGCUGCUGCGAAUAAUGCCGAUAGCGAGUCCAGUGACGAUGACGAGAGCUCCGGCUCCGAGAGCGAGGAGGAGUAA